CACUUCCAAACCUACUUUCGAAGAACGACGGGAAUAAUUUUGGCACCAAAAAUCGAUUCUGUUUUAUCGUAAAGUAUCGUUUUAAUUUAAUUAUAUGAUAUGAUCCGUCAGUUUAUCAUUGCGGGUGUUACGAGUAACGCGCGUGAACGUAUUAUAUUUCAGUUUCACUUUUGCAAACGAACGAGGAAAUAAAAGCAGCAUAUAUUGGAAAAGCUCGAUAAUAAUAAUAAUUUCUAAAGUGUUUAUGAGAUUUAGGACAAUACAUUGUCAGUAGUUUAAGUGUAAUGUUUAGAGAUGAUGGAGAACAGACAUGAGGAGAGUGCUUUAAAUCACUCGACCACUUUGACGAACAAACAGCGUGGGAACGAGGCCACAGUCCGGCCGGCCACUUUAGAUGUCCUCUCCAUACAUCAGCUGUCAGCCCAGGGAGAAAUUUCCCAAGUAGAGACUCAUCUAGCCAAAGACAGUUCUCUGCUGAACAAUCAAGAUGAGCGAGGUUUCACGCCGUUGAUGUGGUCUGCUGCUUUUGGAGAGAUUGCCAUGGUGGAGUUUCUGCUUCAGAAGGGGGCUGUUCCAAAAACGCUGGCCCGGGAACGAGAAAGUGCCCUGUCUUUGGCCAGUGCUGGGGGAUUUGCAGAUAUUGUUAAUAUUCUGCUGAAACAUGACGUUGAUAUUGAUUCCUAUGAUUGGAAUGGUGGGACUCCACUUCUGUACGCGGUUCGAGGGAAUCACUUGAAAUGUGUUGAAGCUCUCUUGAGAUGUGGUGCAGAUAUCACAUUUGAAGCAGAUUCUGGAUACAGCCCUAUAGCCCUCGCCGUUGCUCUGGGCCACAAAAAAGUGCAAAAACUCCUUGAAGAUCACAUUCUGAAACUGUUUCGGGAACCAGUUUAGGUAUCGAAAAACACACAAAGCAUAGGACUACUUUUGAAACACUUUUGCAAUAAUCCUGCAUAAUGUAUAGCUUUAUGAUGAAAUGGGAGAUGUAAAGAGCAAUCAGUUUUCUAUAUUUUUUAAUAAAACAAAUAAUUAAUCUG